AAGCUUCAAUCGCCCGACCUUUCAUCAAGUCUUGCAACUGCUAUUAACCUUUCAUACCUAAAAAAUGCAGCGGAUAAAUAUAAAGGUGAUUGGGAAGAUAAAUAUAAUAAAGCCCGUGACUAUCUUUCUAAACAAAUUGGUGAUGCUGAUGCUGAAAAAGAAUUAUUGGAUUGUGCUGAUGAAUAUGUAAUUGAUAAAACUACAUCUAGAGUAAUUGAGGAAAAUAAACGAGAAAUAAUUGAUCAAAAUAAAGAUGAAAUACCGAAAGAACAUCCGAUAACUAAAGCUAAAAACUUUAUCGGUGGUCUUUAUGAUGGAGCUGUUAAACUUGGAGAAAAAAUUGAGAGUAUCCUUCCAUUUAAUAAAGAUAAACAUGAUGACCAUGAAAAAGCGGAAGCACUUAUAAUCGUUGAGGAAUCAGCCUCUCCCGAAAAAUGUGAAGAAAUCGUCUCUGACCAAAAAGAAGAUGGUUGUAUUGAAUUAAGCGAUACA